UCGGCCGUCAAAAGCUGCGUGCGCAUAUUGGCGGGGUAUCAGAACGGAAGCGUGGAUUUACCGUCGAUGGUUCUGUAGGCAAUAAAACUCUGCAUCAGGAAAGUAUGCCUCCCCUUCGACAAAUACCAGACUCUAUCAAGGCAUUGUCAGACCAGGAACUAGCUGAUCAACUUAUUGCACACAAUGUCACACUGGGUCCCAUUUUGCCUUCCACAAGGAGAGUAUAUGAGAUAAAACUUUAUGAACUGCAGACAGGAGAAAAACCAGCUCCAGCUUCACCGUACCCACCUGUGGAUGAAGAUGAUGAUAAAGAUACUGAACAAGAAGUGAGUUUCAAACAGCAGCCAAGACAAAGGACAACAAAAAUUACCCCACGAGAAUUAGACAACAGCACCAUGACACAGCCUUCUCCUCGAAGACCAUUACAUCCUCAAACAGAGGGAGCACAUAAAAUAAGUUCCUCAACAGGUGGUGUCGGGAAAUCAACCUCAGUAAAGUCUUCUGGAGGAAUUUCGGUGUUGGUGAAGAUCUUGUGUAUCAUUAUCAUUGCUGUCUUCGUUUUUCUGGUUAUCAAAAACAUGGAAGCAGACCCUGGCAGCAGCAUUCCUACUGUGGACCUGUAAAAUGGAAGGGCACCAGUUUAUAGACAGAAUGAGCAAAUACAUCGCUGAAAGUGUUGAUAUUCAUAUUGGCGUCACCUUGCAGACUUCAAACCAGCAGUGACUUCCCUGGACAUGACUGUAAACAAUGAAAAAUUAAUGAAUUAAUAAAGGAGUUUGUACAAGCAAGUGAUCUGCCGAAUUUUCUGUCCCAUUUAAAAUACCAUGCGUCAUUUAUUUCAUAAUGUCAUGACCACUUUAAGAACAUGAUUAAUUACUCACGGACAUAACAUUUUCACUCCUUCCACUCCAAAAAAAGUCUCAUAAUCUGAGGGCUACGAAGUACCUUAAGAGCAAAUAAUAAAAUAAUUCUUCAAUACAAUUUCUUGACUUACAAGUUUGUAGCUGAAAAUGUUUUUUGUGCAUUUAAAUGAUCGUCUCAGCUGUUGGUACUAAUAAACGUAUUUUCAACAUGCUGAUGAUAAGUGGAAAAAAUGACAAGUGCAAUCUCAAGAGCUUUAUAUUAACAAGCUCAGAUAUAUGUAUUGCAGUUAGGUGCUGUCUUGUAUUAUUUUGCUAACAAUCCCAAAAUUGGACGGUGGGGGAGGGUGAUGCCUCUGACCUAAACUUUUACUUUUUAUGACCACAAUGGCAAAAUUAGUUAAAACUGCAUUUAUUCAAUCUCUCUACAUGCAAAGACCAAACUGAAUCUUUACAUGAACUAUACAACUUAAAACUUAUGUACUAAAGAUAAGGGUAGCUUGAUUGUAUGUGCACUGUUUCUCUGACUUUGAGUUUCAGGUAAUAAAGUUUUCCGCAGA